UCCUGGGAAGCGAGAGAGAGACUCCUGCAGGAGGGGGACCUGGGCAGGGAGAGGACAUUGCCGCUGAAGGGCCUGGAGGGGAGCGCAAAGAUCGGGACUGCUCACAAGCAUCCGACUUGUUGAAAGACGUCGAGCGAGGCCAGCGGCUGUGCCCGGGGCCGGGGGACAAAGCGGCGUUGGGCGCGGAGCGAGAGGGAGCUGGCGCUGGCCCGCCGGGAUGGUGCAACUCGAGCGGUGAAAAUGGUCUUUGUCCAACUUUUCUGAUGCCGGGAGGCCGGGCGGCACGGCUCUAGCGGGAAGGGCUCCUGCGAACACUGCUCGAGUAAUGCUGGGAAGUGGAGGGGAUGUUGCUGGAGUCCUGCACAAGCAUUUCUCUGCAAAGACCUCUGUGCUUUAAUUUGGAAAGAUAUUAAAACACUCCAAGAAAUCUCAGACUAUUUCAAGAGAGUGGUGUGGGCUUGUUGAAGAUGGUGGUAUUUACAGAGAAUCUUCAUGGAUUCUAAUGCUGGCAUCAGUGCAAGAAGAGUGUCGGGAAUGGGUUGGCUCUGGAUGGUCUUCUUCUUUCAUCUAGUCACCUCAUUAGAAGAAAUACUUCUGGAUACGACUCAAGAAACCUCAGAGAUUGGCUGGACUGCACAUCCUUCUGAUGGGUGGGAUGAGGUAAGUGUCCUGGAUGACAAGAAGCGCCUGAUCCGAACCUUUCAAGUGUGCAACGUGGCUGAACCAGGUCAGAAUAACUGGCUGCGCACUCACUUCAUAGAGCGGCGCGGGGCCCACCGCGUCCACGUCCGGCUGCGCUUCUCCGUGAGAGACUGCGCCAGCAUGCGCACCGUGGCCUCCUCCUGCAAGGAGACUUUCACACUCUACUACCACCAGUCGGAGGCUGACAUUGCCUCUCAGGACAUGCCGGAGUGGCGUGAGGGCCCCUGGACCAAAGUGGAUACUAUUGCAGCUGAUGAAAGCUUUUCCCAGGUGGACAGCACUGGGAAGGUGGUCAAGAUGAAUGUUAAAGUACGUAGCUUUGGGCCACUCACCAAGCAUGGCUUCUACCUGGCCUUCCAGGAUUCGGGAGCCUGCAUGUCCUUGGUGGCAGUCCAAGUCUUUUUCUACAAGUGCCCAGCUGUGGUGAAAGGGUUUGCCUCCUUUCCUGAAACGUUUGCUGGCGGGGAGAGGACCUCACUGGUGGAGUCCCCGGGGACGUGUGUACCCAACGCUGAAGAGACGAGCACGACGGGGUCCUCGAGUGUUCGGCUGCACUGCAAUGGAGAAGGGGAGUGGAUGGUGGCCAUUGGACGGUGUACCUGCAAGGCUGGCUACCAGCCUGUGGAUGAUGAACGAGCCUGCCAAGCUUGUGCCCCUGGUUUCUUUAAAGUAUCUGUGGGAGAUGACCCCUGCCACCUGUGCCCUGCCCACAGCCACGCUCCACUGCCGGGUUCCCGGGAAUGUGUGUGUCAGAACCGGUACUACCGAUCUGCUUCGGACAAUUCUGAUGCUCCCUGCACUGGCAUCCCCUCUGCUCCUCGUGACCUCAGCUACGAAAUCGUGGGCUCCAACGUGCUGCUGACCUGGCGCCUCCCCAAGGACCUGGGCGGCCGCAAGGACGUUUUCUUCAACGUGAUCUGCAAGGUGUGCCCGGCGGGCUCGGCGGGGCCGUGCGUGCGCUGCGGGGACAGCGUGCACUUCGAGCCGCGCCAGGUGGGGCUGACCGAGAGCCGCGUGCAGGUCUCCAACCUCCUGGCCCGUGUGCACUACACCUUCGAGAUCCAGGCCGUCAACCUCGUCACUGAGCUCAGCUCAGAAGCACCCCACUUUGCCACCAUCAAUGUCAGCACCAGCCAGUCAGUCCCCUCUGCUGUGCCUAUGAUGCAUCAGGUGAGUCGUACUACCAACAGCAUCACACUGUCGUGGCCUCAGCCAGACCAGCCCAAUGGGGUCAUCCUGGAUUACCAGCUACGCUACUUUGACAAGGCAGAAGAUGAGGAUAAUUCCUUGACCUUAACUAGUGAGACCAACAUGGCCACGAUAUCAAGUCUGAGCCCAGGGAAGAUCUAUGCCUUCCAAGUGCGCGCUAGGACAGCAGUCGGCUACGGCUCUUACAGUGGGAAGAUGUAUUUCCAGACUUUAACAGGAGGGGAGCGCUCAGAGAUGGUGCAGGACCGACUGCCGCUGAUCGUGGGCUCAGCGCUCGGGGGUCUGGCCUUCUUGGUAAUUGCUGCCAUUGCCAUCCUUGCCAUCAUCUUCAAGAGUAAAAGGCGAGAGACCCCAUACACAGACCGCCUGCAGCAGUACAUCGGUGCACGAGGACUUGGAGUGAAGUACUACAUUGAUCCUUCAACCUACGAAGAUCCCAAUGAAGCCAUUCGAGAAUUUGCCAAGGAGAUUGAUGUGUCCCUCAUCAAGAUUGAGGAGGUCAUUGGAUCAGGAGAGUUUGGAGAGGUGUGCUUUGGGCGCCUGAAACACCCAGGGAAGCGUGAAUACAUGGUAGCUAUUAAGACCUUGAAGUCAGGUUACACAGAGGAGCAGCGGCGGGAGUUCCUGAGCGAGGCCAGCAUCAUGGGGCAGUUUGAGCAUCCCAAUGUCAUCCACCUGGAGGGGGUGGUCACCAAGAGCCGACCAGUCAUGAUUGUCACAGAGUUCAUGGAGAACGGAUCACUGGAUUCCUUUCUCAGGCAGAAGGAAGGGCAGUUCAGUGUGCUGCAGCUGGUGGGAAUGCUGCGGGGGAUUGCAGCCGGCAUGCGCUACCUGUCAGACAUGAACUACGUGCAUCGUGACCUGGCAGCACGAAACAUCCUGGUCAACAGUAACCUGGUGUGUAAGGUGUCAGACUUUGGGUUGUCCCGCUUCCUGGAGGAUGAUGCUUCCAAUCCCACCUACACGGGGGGUCUGGGCUGCAAAAUCCCCAUCCGCUGGACUGCCCCUGAAGCCAUCCAGUACCGCAAGUUCACCUCCUCCAGUGAUGUCUGGAGCUAUGGCAUUGUCAUGUGGGAGGUGAUGUCCUACGGUGAGAGGCCUUACUGGGACAUGUCCAAUCAGGAUGUAAUUAAUGCCAUUGACCAGGACUAUCGCUUGCCACCACCUCCAGACUGUCCAACUGUUUUGCACCUGCUGAUGCUUGACUGCUGGCAGAAGGAGAGGGUCCAGAGACCCAAAUUUGAGCAAAUAGUCAGUGCCCUGGAUAAAAUGAUUCGCAAGCCAUCGGCCCUCAAAGCCGUUGGCACUGGGACCAGCAGACCAUCUCAGCCUCUUCUGAGCAACUGUCCUCCAGAUUUCCCUUCCCUUAGCAAUGCCCACGAGUGGUUGGAUGCUAUCAAGAUGGGUCGCUACAAGGAGAAUUUUGACCAGGCCGGUCUGGCUACGUUUGAUGUCAUAUCACGCAUGACUCUCGAGGAUAUCCAGCGUAUUGGAAUCACCCUCGUUGGUCACCAGAAGAAGAUUCUAAACAGCAUACAGCUCAUGCGAGUCCAUUUGAAUCAACUUGAACCAGUUGAAGUGUGAUGUUUACAUCAUCCUCAUUCCACUAGUCUCAAACUCUGGAAAGGUCCUGGGGGAAUUCAGAGCGAUUUUCAAUGUAAGGAAAAGAUGUCAGUAUGCUACUUGAAGACUUAAUGCACCCAGAGAGUGCACACCACGUGUCCUGUUCCAUGAACAAAAACCAAGCCUGGCCGUGAUUUGAAAGCAGAACUGAAUGACUGGUGACAAUUACAUGUGGCUGAUGUCAUACAUUGGGAAUGGGUUUGGGGAGGGAAGGUUGUAAUAACACAGGGUGGAGAUGAAAUAAUGGCUUGGACAGAUCACAAGCACCUGUUGCCUAUUGUCUGCCAACUAAAGGUAUCUGACAACUUUACAAAGUCAUCCGCAGGCUUUAUUUAUGGCUGAGAGCCCAGCAAAGCUGCAAAGACAUAAUAAAGGCAACAAAAAAUUAGCUUUUUCUUUUCAGAAGAGUGCCAUUGCGGUGUGAAAGAUUAUUCCUCAGAUGGAGAUGAGCAUCAGGCUAUCACUUGGUGUGCCAGCUCAGUUCGGAACUGAAGUUCCAGCUAGUGCACAGCAUGUGGUAAGCAAAAACAGAUGUCACCUGGUACUCAGGUUCAGAGUAAAGAAUCGAAAUUCAGUGCUAUUUCGUGUGCAGUUCUUGGGUCUGCUCCAUGAUGGGAAU